CAAAAGUGCCAAGAAAGCAGUUGGCUAGGCUGGGCGAAAUCGGCCCAUCCGGCGCCUUCAGUUCUGAGGCUCUUCAGGACCAGUGUCGUCACCGCCCGGAGAGGACAAAUUAGUCAAGAUGUCCACGAUUUCGAAGCACUUUGGACUGAGCUACAGAGAAGAAUCGUACAUCUUUAAAGAGCAUGAGAAGGUUCGCCGGCAGACCAAAAAGGAUUUUCUCCGAUUGAAGCAGGAGUUGGCCUCCAAGACGUUAGUGGACAGAGCCCGGGUCAGCGACCGCAGGGCCCCCGGCCCGACCUGGUCUGGGGAGCAGGGGGGCGUUCCCUGCGCUGGACCCCGGGAGCCGUCCGGGUUCCCUCGGCCUCAGGGCCCCGCGAUCCCCGCGGCUGCCCUCCUGCAGCGGGCGCUCCGCCGCGCAGGGCCCCGGGACGCCGGCGAAGGGGCCGCGCCCUGGAGGCCCCGGCGGUUUCGCCCCCGGGACUUCUACCUGCGGAGCUCCGCGUUCCUCCGGCACCGGCCCCCGAAGGAGCCGCCGGUUAUCGCCACCGGAGCCGGCACGUCCAGACCCGUGGUCCUGAGGCCGCCCCCUGCGUCAAGGAGGAAGCCCGGGGAGCGCUGGAGCCCUCCGCCCGCCGAGGCCCAGCGCGUCUCCGACUCGGCCCCGGCCCCCGCCCGGGUCCCGGCCCCGGCCCCGGCGCAGGUCCCCAAGCUGGCGUUGGCUCCGCCCGAAGGCGCCUUGGCCGCCAGAGAGAUGAAGAGGCGCUCGACUCCCAGGACUUCCAACGAGGACGGCGAGGCGGCGGCGGCCCUCCGGCGGCGGAGGGUGCGGAUCAGCUCCCAGGUCCUGUGCGAGGGCGCGCUCGCCGUCCCGCGGGCAGCGUCCAGGUCGUCCUCCAAAAGCAGCGCGGACACGCUCCCGGCCAGCGACCGGCUGGCGGCCGUCCUGCUCGCGCCGCUGCCCGUGCGAGUGGUCCCGACGUCCAUCGAGGAGAUCAUCGCCUCGCUGCAGUCGGAGGCCCAGCUGGCCUCGGACCAGACGAUCAGAGAGCUCAUACAGAUUGUCCUCGGCCAGAGCUACGACAUUAAGAUGGAAGAUAUUUCUUUAAUGGGAAAAAUGUACGCGCACAGAUCAUCUCCAGUGCAAACAGAGCAAGGAUUAGAGAUAAGUAUUGAGGAACCUCAAAUGCAUGAGACUGAGGAAAUUUCUGAGACUGUAUCAAGUGUUUUCCCAAUGGAACAAGAAGAUAUAUUAGAAUGGGGAACCUCAGACGCAGAAAGUAUGUUAUUUAAACCUCAGGAAACUUCAGAAAUUCAGCAAGCUGAUGACUCAAAUAAACCUUUGGAAGAUGAACAGUCUAUAGGUGAAUCAAAAACAGGCCAACGGCUAUCUUUAAAGGUGAUGGCAUCAGAAUUAUUGCAAAUCAGAGGAAAAGAAGCUAAACGAUCACAAAAAACUCAACCAAGAAUUCCACGACCAAGAAAGUGUGGAAAAUCCCAGCAGGAUCAAAAAGUAUUAAAAACAAAAAUUCCACAAGACCACUCCACUCCUACCCUUCAUGACCUGUGCACCACUGUCCCAGACCAGGUGCUGCCCAUUGACUUGCACCUGGCUUCUCGAGUGUAUCAUACAGCCAGCAAGGAAGGCCACAAUACUAUACUUGAAGUAUUUGGAAAUUCCUUCUUCGAUGCUCACUCUACAGCUAACGAGCAAAGAGAUCGAAUAAUGGAAGGAAUCCCUCUUAUGAGUGACAAUCAAGCGUAUGUUCCUGUCCUUCCAACAACGUCAGUGAUACCACCUGAAUUGGCACAAGAAACUAGACAGCACGCGCAGAAACCACACCUACAACUCUUUGGAGAGGAAGUGUCUGCUUAUCCAGGAAUUACGAAGAUGUUUUGGAAACCAGCUUCACCCAAAUUCUCUGUUCCUGUAUCUGUCAUGAAGAAAACACUAUAUCCAAAAUAUGAGAGUGUUCAAGCAAGUAGAAUUUUAAUUGAGAAUUUUUUAUCUGAAAGCAAGGAAAGUGUCAUUGCUUUAAGUCAGCGUAGCAGAAGUCUGAGGAAGAGAACAAAUUCUGCAGUUGAAUUGAUUAAGGAGACUACCAAAGCUCCAUUAGAGGUUAAGAAUGACAUGGAAAGCAAUAUAAAAGAGGUUCUGUUUCAGAAAGCUAAGGAGAUGGAGCGUCGUCAGAAGCUUGAGCAAAAUGAAACUGAGGAAACCAUCACUGUGAAAGAAAAUAUAGAUAACAUCUUAGAUACCAUGGAGGACAGUCACAGUCUGAGAAAUCUGUCUGUUUCUCUCAUUGAAGCAUCUAGAAAAGCUGGCAUUAGUUACAUUGUUUACCCCAAGAAAAAGAAGAUGAAAUGGAAGAAAGCAUUGAAAUUCUCUAAACUUUCAAUUGUGUUGGCUGAGUUAUCCAAGCCUCCAAAAACUCUAAGCAGGUCAAUGUCUCAUGGAAUGCUUCCAGAACAGAAGAAAUAUUUGCUCAACCUUCCUUUAUAUGACCGUCAAUUUCGGUGCCCCAGCUUGCCUGCAUAUUUAAAUUUUGACAAAUUUGCUGAAAGUAAGGGAGGAAUUCCAAAAGAUAGUGACUUUCGAACAUGGAUUCUUGAUAUAUUCUCUAAGAAAAAACCUCAGAAGACAACCAGAAUAGCAAAAGUUGUUAAAAUAAUUGUUCAGAAAGAUGUGCCUGUCAAAGAGAAAGGACCACCAAAACUAGAACUGAAUGAUUCUUUGAAGUGUGAUCUUCCUCCAGAAGUCAUUAAACAUUAUGAAUCUGAAGUGAAGAUGUUGACUGAAGAAAUAAAUAACAAGACAACAUAUUCUGCAUUUUCAUAUUGUAGGCGUGGUGCUCUGUAUAGGAAACUGGGGAAGUUACAGAGUGCCAUGGAUGAUCUACAGGAAGCAUAUUUGUCAAAGGCAGAAAUUUUCAGGAAAAGAAAAGAAGUUACUCUGGCAAUUCUAAAUUACACCAAGGCAAUCAAGUUGAAGCCCAGGGAUGCUGAUAUAUAUUUCAGGAGGGGUGAGAUGUAUGAAUUAACAAACAAAUUCCUGGCCAUGGAUGACUUUUCUACAGUAAGUUGUAUCACAUAUAAUGCUGCCAUCAACACAAAUAAAAGAGAAAAAUGGUAA